AUGCAGUUCUUAAGCAAAGACAUGAUACGAUUCAGCCAACACCCCUCGACCAGGACUGAGUUCUCGAAACCAGGCAGUGUGGCAGUCUCUAAGAUGAUCAGCUGUCCAUUUGUGAUCGAGAGCUCCGCUGCAUCUACAAAUGACAGUCUCUCGGCGGAGAGGUUUGACUCAGCUCAACCUUCGGUCUCGGAAUACGACGUACACCAGCCUGGAGCCUUGGAGUCAGACAAAGCCGAUGCCAAAAGGAAUGAGAGUGGUUUGACUGCACACUGGCUCCCCAAACAUUCCAUUCCGGCCUCCAUCAAUGUCGAUGCAUUUGCUCUACACCUACCAGACACUACCGCACCCGUCACCGUUGGGAACGCUCCUGCACUCGAUAUCGCUCCACUCUCAAAGGAGCAUUUUCUCGCCUUCCCGAUGCCGAAAGAUUUACCUGCUGCCAAAAGCUACAGCUGGACAAUAGAGACCGCAACGAAGGAAGUCAAGACUCUUCGCAAAGCGUUUCCGCAGGUGUAUGAUGCGAAUCAUUUACUUGCAAUGUGCGCAUGGUUUCAUCUCUUCUGCUUCUUUGACGAUGUGACCGAGAAGAUGCCCGCAAAAGAGGCGAGGAUGGCCAUGAAACAAUGUAUGCACCUCCUGGAAGUGUCCUGCCAAACCAAAGCGAGCCCGCGAAAGCUCACUCCUGUCCUUGGUCCAUUACAACGUGCCAAGGUCCAAUACUUGUUAUGGUCGUCCAGUCGCUCCCCAUCUGGUGGUCUCGCGGCCGGUGUCACGUAUUUGUUCGUCCAGCAGGCCCAGCGUUUGCUUGGAGCGGAGGCACUGCAGAGGGUGGCUCGAAAAAUCCUCGACAUUUUCAGGGGAUACCAUUGUGAAAUUUCAUGCAGAGAAAACAUCGAUAACCUCACCGUGGACGAAUACUCACAGUCACGGGCAGCGACGAUGGGCUUGUCGCCUUUCAUGGAGAUUCUUCGAGACUGUUUUUUCACUGCACAGGAAACACAAUUGGCUGAACAGGCCUCGUACGCUCUAGAGACUUAUGUCACCUCGGCCGUUGGGAUUCAGAACGAUCUCGUGGGUCUGGCGAACGAUCAUACGAAUGGAGACCAGAUGAACUACAUCUUGCUUCGAGCAGAGCGAGAGUCACUAAGUAUAGGACAGGCAUUGGUAGCGGCAAUAGAAUUGCACAACACAAUCGUGCUGCAGGCAGCGGAGGAGAGGCGAAAGAUUGGGCGAGCAUUGCCUGAUGGCUGGCAAGGAACCGGCAACAUGCGAAUCUACGCGGAUUGCAUGGUCGGAUUCAUGACGACSCACUUCUUGUGGGCAUCGAGCGCGAAGCGCUAUGUUCCUGGUUGUGAGUCUCCAACAUGA